UAGCGACUGACUCUCCACAGUGCAGCAUCCUAUCCACACUAGCUUCUCUCCGAGGAUGGGAGGGGGAGAAGGAAUGCCGGUGUGAGGUGUGAGCGCUAACCAGAGAAGAGAGCUUGAAGCCGGGGUAAGGGAGCGGGAUCACUGGUCCCUGCCAUGGAGCUGCACCGCUGGGCACACACAUGCACCGCUGGAGCUCUGUAAAGAGAUAAAGAGUUGCAAAGAGACAGAGAAAGCAGUUUGACAGACGUAGACAGUGAAUGAGGAGGAGAGGAGAGCUGCAGGCAAAUGAUCCAAGCUUUUGGGAGGUGAGAGUGGACUGUUUGGAUGACUUUAAGCCAGGCAAGAGGCUUCUUCCCAGGGGGCUGCAGAUGCACAGACAAGCCCCUCUUUUUAUCCAGCACUGGUUCAUCUAUUGAGGAGAGGAACCUCUGCUUCUUUAAAGAAGGAAACUGAAUCUAGAAGAAGACAAAAAUGACUCAAUGAGUUUCUACAUUAAACUUAUCAAAAGAUAAAUCUACUGAAUUUGGAUGUUAAGUUGGAUGGCUUUAUCUUUGACCAUGCAGCCUCUCCUCUGGGAUUAGUUUAGAAUAUUCUGCAGAUUUCCUGUGCUCAAGGUUUAUUAGGGGUGUUUUAAGCUGCUCUGUUGCAGUUCCUUUGAAUGCUUUAGUAGAAGAGAGAAAGCUUGACAUAUACAUGGAUCUGCCUUGACUUUAAGUCUCCUUCUGUAGCGACAUCUGACAGUCAUCCAGCCAAUCUUCAACCUUUUACUGCCAAAUCAACACUGAGGAUUUUUUAAAACCACCUUCUGGACAUUUCUCUUCGUGCAGCAAAUAGAUCGGCGUCAGCCUUUGCCCCCCUCUUUUACUUAUUUAUUUAAAUUUUUCUUUUUUCUUCAUCUCUUGGUGAACGAGGGGAAACUUCCCCUCGCUGGCACCCUCCCUACUGUGGAAAUGGCUUUCCUGGUCCGUUGCUAUGCCAACUGCUUGCAGCCGUGGUCCUCCAAACUUCCUGCUGAACUCAAUAAGAUGCACCUAACAGACCACGCCCAUCAGCAGGUGAUGCACAUGCCUCCCAGCCAAUCAGGAUGCAGCAUCGCUAGUGACUCGGGGAGUAGCAGCCUAUCAGAUAUUUACCAGGCCACAGAGAGUGAGCUGGGAGAUGUGGACCUGUCUGGACUUCCAGAGGCUGCGGUGGACAGCGAGGAAGAGGAGGAGGAAGAUGAGGACCUGGAGAGAGCUUCAGACACUCUUCUGGGCCGAGACUUGGUCCGAGAGUGUCUGGAAAAAGACCCAGCCGACCGCAACGACGACGACAUUGAGCAACUACUGGAGUUCAUGCACCAGCUGCCUGCCUUUGCCAACAUGACCAUGUCAGUGCGCAGAGACUUGUGUAGCGUCAUGGUGUUUGAGGUGGUGGAGCAGGCUGGCACAAUCAUACUGCACAACAAGCAGGAGCUGGACCUCUGGUAUGUUAUCCUGAACGGGGCGGUGGAGAUCAGCCAUCCAGAGGGAAGAGUGGAGACUCUUUGUAUGGGCAACAGUUUUGGCAUCUCACCCUCAUUGGACAAACAGUACAUGAACGGAGAAGUUCGCACCAAGGGGGACGACUGCCAGUUCGUCUGCAUUGCCCAGGAGGACUACUGGCGCAUCCUCAAUCAUGUGGAGAAGAACACCCACAAGGUGGAGGAGGAAGGGGAGAUUGUGAUGGUGAAGGAGCACCGCGAGCUUGACCGCAGCGGGACCAGGAAGGGACACAUUGUCAUCAAGGGAACCCCGGAGCGUCUGAUCAUGCACUUGGUGGAGGAACCAUCGGUGGUGGACCCCACCUACAUCGAAGACUUCCUGCUGACCUACAGGACCUUCCUGUCAAAUCCCAUGGAGGUUGGCAAGAAACUGCUGGAGUGGUUCCAGGUGGACAGCCUCCGGGACACGGUAACAAGAAUAGUGCUGCUGUGGGUCAACAACCACUUCAAUGACUUUGAGGGUGACCCAGCUAUGACACGCUUCCUGGAGGACUUUGAGAAACAUCUAGAAGCGACAAAAAUGAAGGGCCAUUUGCGACUGCUGAACAUAGCAUGUGCAGCCAAGGCUAAGUGGAGACAGAUCACUCUGCAGAAGGCGUCCAGAGAGUCGCCGCUCUACUUCAGCGUGCAGGGUGGCAGCGAGAGAGGAUUUGGCAUCUUUGUUGAGUCGGUGGAAGAAGGGAGCAAGGCUGCAGAGACGGGGCUCAAGCGGGGAGAUCAGAUCAUGGAGAUCAAUGGUCAGAACUUUGAGAACAUCUCUGUCACCAAAGCUGUUGACAUCCUCAGAAAUAACACACACCUCUCUCUCACCGUCAAAACAAACAUAUUUGUCUUUAAAGAGCUCCUUAGCAGGAUCGUACACGAGAAGAAGAACGGCGGCCCUCACAUUCCCAAGAUCCAGGAGAAAAAAGGCAAUCGCUUCUCCAUCCCUGACCUUCCCGGAGACAUGGAGUUCUCUACAGACCACAAGAGCACCAGGAAAAUGAAGGCCAACACUGUGUCAGGAGGACGAAACAAGAUCAGGAAGAUGCUGGAGAAGACACGCUUCAGUAUACUGCCACCCAAACCAUUCAGGGGCCUGUUUGGUGAUGGAGGCAUGGGUCAGUCUCAGGAUGACAGCAUUGUGGGUACCAAGCAGUGUCGUCACAGCGUGGCCAUCAUGCCCAUCCCCGGCAACCUGUCGUCCAGCAGCCCCGACCUGCUGCAGCCGGCCACCAGUGUCCUCGACUUCUCCAACCCUGCAGCCCUGGGACUGUACUACAUCCCAGACCAGGUGAUUCGGGUGUUUAAGGCCGACCAGCAGAGCUGCUACAUCAUCAUCAGUAAGGACACUACUGCCAAAGAUGUGGUCGCCCACACUGUCAAUGAGUUUGGCCUCAUCGCAGCACCUGAGACCUACUCCCUGUGUGAGGUAUCAGUUAGCCCAGAGGGAGUCAUAAAACAGCGCCGCCUGCCCGACCAGCUCUCCAAACUGGCUGAUCGGAUUCAGCUCAACGGCAGGUACUACUUGAAGAACAAUAUGGAGACGGAGACGUUGUGUUCAGACGAGGAUGCCCAGGAUCUCCUCAGAGAGAGUCAGAUCUCUCUGCUGCAGCUCAGCACCAUGGAGGUCGCUGCCCAGCUCUCCAUGAGAGACUUUGAGCUCUUCAGGAACAUUGAGUCCACAGAGUACGUGGACGACUUGUUUAAACUAGACUCCUCGAUGGGAAGUGGUAAUCUGAAACAGUUUGAAGAGGUGAUAAACCAGGAGACCUUCUGGGUCGCCACAGAAAUCCUGAAGGAGCCCAACGCUCUGAAGAGGAUGAAGACCAUCAAACACUUCAUCAAGAUCGCCCUGCACUGCCGAGAGUGCAAGAACUUCAACUCCAUGUUCGCUAUUAUCAGCGGUCUGAACUUGGCACCAGUGGCUCGGCUUCGGAGCUCGUGGGAGAAAUUGCCCAGCAAGUACGAGAAGCUGUUUGGAGACCUGCAAGAUGUCUUCGACCCAUCCAGGAACAUGGCCAAGUACCGCAACAUCCUGAGCAGCCAGAGCAUGCAACCACCCAUCAUCCCACUGUUCCCAGUGGUCAAGAAGGAUCUCACCUUCUUACAUGAAGGCAAUGACUCCAGUGUUGACGGGCUUGUGAACUUUGAGAAGCUGAGGAUGAUCGCCAAGGAGAUCAGACAUGUGGUGCGGUUGACCUCAGCCAACAUGGAUCCUGCCCUCAUGUUCAGACAGAGGAAGAAGAGGUGGAAGAGUUUAGGGUCUUUGAGUCAGGGCAGCACCAACUCCAACAUGCUGGAUGUGCAGGGCGGCGCCCAUAAGAAACGAGUACGUCGUAGCUCGCUUCUCAACGCUAAGAAGCUUUACGAAGACGCUCAGAUGGCCAGAAAGGUGAAGCAGUACCUGUCCAACCUGACGGUGGAGAUAGAUGAGGAGAAACACCAAAUCAUGUCCCUGCAGUGUGAACCGUCCUACAGCACCUUGUCAAAGAACUUGAGUGAGAGACGAUCCAACAAAUCAGACAUGUCGCCAGUGUCUCUUCGGUCGGCUCUGCCCUCUGGGAAAACACAAAACAGGGUGUCACAAGUCCUUCAGGUCCAGGUCCCACUGAACCCUCUACGAAAGAAGAGCACUGCCAAGGACAUAGGCACACUUAACUCCAAUUCUCCCCAGGUGGUAAAGAAACCUCCAGUGCACUCGACAGAGGACUGGAGCGCCAAGAGACCAUCUGAUGACACCGUUUCCACCAUCUCCUCUCUUCACUCCAGCCCCACGGUGUCGCCGCAGGGCUCCCCACGCAAAGUGGGAGGCGUGGUCAAGUCCCAGAACUCCGGGUAUAUGAACUUGUCGGGAUCUUCGUUGUCACUGACCAGCGACGCCAGCACGAAGGCCGGCACUGUCAACCUGCGCAGCUACGGCAUAGGUUACACCCUUCUACCAGCCGGUAAAGCAGACAACCUGUCGGACUCGAGUCACAGCGAGAUCUCUUCCCGCUCCAGUAUCUGCUCGGUUGACUCCGUGCCGGCUCCCGGGCUCGACGACCGGUGUAACAGCAGCACAAGGACCUGUACUAGUACUGCUACUAGUACUACUACAACUACUACUACAAUGGUUGCUGCGGUUGUUGAGAGCACAGCAGCAACACAUGCACACUUAAAUGCUGAUUACAACCAGCCCAGCACAAGUACUUCCUCGUCGUUGACUCGAGGAUACGUAAUGCGAGCCUCCACCUUCACCUCCUCCACCUCGACGGAGGAGCUGACCCCAGACCACACCUCUCUGGACUCUGUGGCCGACAGCGGCCGUGGCAGUUGGACGUCCUGCUCCUCCAACUCCCACGACUCCUUCCAGAGCCUCCCCGCCUCCUCCUGCCGGCCCUGGGACCACGGCAUCCACGGGCAUCCACUUUCCCUCCCGCACACGCACCUGGGCGGCUUUAAGCACAUGCAGCUGGCCGGGCCAAUAGCAGAGGUCGAGGCCGCCAGUCACGCGUGGGCGAACGAGGACGCCGCUAAGCAGCACUCCAGAAACUCCAGCUCGGAUCUGUCCAAUCAGUCGCGGCAGAGCUGGGCGUCGUCCAGCUCGCUGUCCGACACCUACGAGGGUAAUUACGGGACCAUAAAGCGGCGAAACACCUCGGAUCACCCCUCCUCGCCAACCAAUGAGGAAGGAGGGCAAAGCACAGACCCUGUCUACAAAACGGUGACGUCAAGCACAGAGAAGGGCCUGAUAGUGUACUGUGUCACCUCCCCCGCCAAGGAUGAGCGUUACCGAGCUCCCCCUCCCACCCCUCCAGGCUACCAGGGUCUGGCUCUGGGGGAUCUCGGCCUCACAGACGGAGUAGUAAGUGGGCCAGGAGGUCUCCUCCCCAGGCCUCCUCACCUCAGACCUCCAGACUACAGCGUGGCCCUGCAGAGGAGCAAACUCCUGCAGAGCCCUGGAGUGGCCGGCGGUCUGGCUGAGGCACGGAGGCUGGCUGCUAACCAUCACCACCACCAAGAGGCCCGGACGGCCGGCCCCAUGCAGGGCCACUCCAGACCACCCAGCAUCUGCCUCCCACCACAGGAACUGGUUGACAGUGAGGAUGAUGAACAAGUGUCAGCGGUGUAAAGACAGUGUUGUCCCGCUCACACAUAUUCUCACACGGACCAAGUUGUGUUGAUCAGGCUUUGGACUAAGCUAGCAGCCUGCUGUCACCACGCUAUCAGAGCACAUUCUCCAAGUCCCGCCCACAAUCCCUGUGUGACAUCACCACAGACCACGAUGCACCUGUGGAUCAGAGCAGUGGGUCAUGUGACCGCUCUCCACCUCCCAGGACUCAGACAGUCAUCUCUUUUUAAACUCAUUUCACAGAACAAAAAAGAAAAGAAAGAUUUUAGAUACUUUUUAAAAACUCUUGAACAAAGCAGAAAAAGGCGGCGUGAUGGAGUCACAUCGCGGUAGAGGGACGUUUAAAAAAGGACAUAUAAAAGAAGGAAAGAGUGACAAUAAUGACGUCUCAUGAGAAGUCGGCCUCCUUGGAAACAGACCACCAUGUACCUCCAUUUUGCGCUCCAAGCUCUCUUGUCUAUAGGUGUUUGACAUUGCUUUUUACAGUUUUAACAUGUACAGUGAUGUUUUUUUUUUUGUGAAGUGAUUUUUUUUUUCUUCUUUUAAUUUGCAUCUCUGAGCUUUGCUACGUUUUUGUGUGAGAAUAGUAAGGAGGAGCAGACAAAGGGAUAGAAAGCUGUAGUCAAUAGUGUGUAAGUAUUACGACGAACAUUAGCUCGUGGGGGAUUUGUUUUGUUUUGCUGUUUUUGUUUGUAGUUUGCUGUCAGCUCAAAAGAAGAUGAAUGUAGGUGAAUAAGAGACAAGAAAAAAAUCAGAUUUUGAGAUAUCUCAAAGAAAACAAAGGUCUUAAUGGGCCUCUAUCAAACCCUGGCACUGAUGAUGUAAAUUUACAUAAUUAACUUCAGUUCCCACACAAACAAACAAAUGCACAAAAACGGCUACAAAACCAAUUUUUAUUAAUCCAGUACUUACACUUUUAACUGUAUUUGAGGUCAGGAGCCGCAUAGAGCCCCUCAACAUAUUUUUCACUUUUUCUAAAAGAGAAAUUAAACUCCUGAAGUAACAGAGCACGAUGUUUGUGUUUACCACUUAUUGGACUUUGUUGAGUUUUACAGAAAAAAACAAGAUAAACAGCUUAUCUCAGGCAGUUCUGUGUCUUCAUGUCGCGCUCUCCACCACCCAGCCUCCUCUCUUAUUACUCUUUCAGUCUGACGCGAGGUACUUUAGCGACAUGCUGCCUCCUGGAUGUUCUAUAAAAACUGUAUUAUAACUCGUUUUUAAUGAGCUGAAGAACAAAUGUCUCGCUGCUUCCUGUAGAGUAAAACCGUGUUGUAAUUCUAUUGCAGCAGCUAUAAUAAAAUAAUAAAUUAGCACUGUGCUGUCACAGAACAUGCAUGCAUGCAUACACACACACACACACACCAAAAUCUUAGUUGGUGUGCAUAAAGACAAAGGACAGUGUUUACACCGACGCGUACACGUUUUGUUUACAGUGUUUAUUAGACUAGUUGUCUAUUGAAUUACAAGCUGAAAUGUUAAAGUAUAAUGCUCCAGGUUUAUUUGACCUUGUAAAUUUGUUAAUAAUGCAGCCGGAAUAUAAGAUGCAGCAUAAAAUUUGACUAUGUGCUCACAGUGUACCUCUCAUAUCGGGUUUUUGCUUCUUAUUUAAAAGGACAAGCAACAAAACAAGUCAACAGAUAAUGUAUUUUAACGCCUGGCUUGCAUCUCAAUUCUCCAUGUUCAUAGUACAUUUUGUAGAAUAUUUAAAGGAUUUGCUUGAAAAUUGUUUAUUUGUAUUGAAAACAGAAGCAAAUUUGUACAUUCUGAGUAAUGUUUUGGAAAUGGAAAAUUGUUUUUAAUUGUGUUUUAUCUGCAGUGCAGCAGGGGUGUAACUGGAAUUAGAUGCUCUUCUCUUCUUCUGCUGUCUGUCUCACGCUCUGUGAUGCUUUUGUAUUGUUUUGCCACACAAAGACUUGAAAUAAUUAAUGCUAAUAUAUACAUGGCAUAUAUAUGAAUUUAUACAUAUAUAUUUUUGUUGUUUCUUUGCCAUAAAUUAAUCUUAACUGAUCAUGUAUAGAUGAGAGAAGAGAGUCCUCUAUAAAGGCUAUUUUUGAAUAUUUUGUUAUAAGAAAUAAUCCAAGGUUGUGAUUGCCCUGUUUCUGUCUUCGGGCAGGGGUCUUUGUUAGUUCUUGUCGUUGUUCAUAACUUUUUUCCCCCCUCACACUCUUCACACUUGUUGAUGCCAUUUCUGCUCUUCUGUGUUUUGCGAUAUGACUGCGUGCGUGUGUUGUGGAAUUAUAUUUGCAAGGUUGGGAUCAAGAUAGCAUUUUAAAAACAAAAUCCCAUUUUGAUUCAGUCUGGGCAUACAGCACAUAAGGAAAGGCUCAGAAGUCAUUUUCUAUAAAAGCCCUUAGUUUGCAGCUUUGAUUGCUCCUGCCUGCAGAAAGGUGGGGCCCUUGUGGGUGUCUUACCAUCGGUUUCACGACACAAGGCGAGUUCAUUCAAACUCAGACUGGAUGAUUAAAAGGAGUUUGUUACUAUUAUAUCCCUGUCUGUUUUAAUUGAACAGAACAAGCCCUGCCAUGAUGCCAUGUCUAGUAUAGUCUCUGUUUCCCCACUCUUCCUCUCUCUCAGCUCUGUCAACUCAGCAGGACUUUAAACUUUCAACCUUUCUCCUCACUGUACUCGUCUGAUGGAUUUCACUGUAUCCACUGUGACCCUUACACUAGUCCCUUUUUCCUUUUUAAAACAAUCUCCAUAGUAGAAACUUUGAAACAGACUGAGAGUCAGAAACUGACAAUCCCUUUGCACAACUGUAUUCCUCAGAUUCUUAACCAUAAAUCAGUAUUAAUGUUCUGCAUGGAUGAUUUAAAAAAUAGCAGCAUAUGCUCCUUCCAAGAGUUGGCCCAUCAGGCAACAGUUUUGUUUUUGUGUUGUUUUUUCCCCCAUAAAAUUGUUGUACAGAAUUUUGCUCACAUGUGCUCUAUAAGCACUCCAAAAUGCUACUUUUUUUGUUUGUUUGUUUAGUUUUUUCUUUCAGGGCUAAAUGUCAUGUAGUAGUAACCCCCUCUUCUCCUACUCUCCAGACAGUAGGUAUGUUUUCAUGGAGGAGCUGGCAGUGAGCAGCUCUUGGCACUGUGAACACAACAUGUCAGUGUUUUAACAACAGAAAACUGGAGAGGAUAAACUUCUCUCUCUCUUACAACUUGAUGAAAAUAUCUAGCUGACUGUAAUUAAGCGCGCCCCAGGAAUGCAAUAAGAGAUAUGAAUGUGUUUUAUGUAAACAUCUUUUGGCAUUACAGCAGAAAUGCACAACAAUAAGCUUAAAUGUGGUGAGUGUGCUGCACAAUCUGUACAAAGAGGUAUUAACUUGGUCUGUGGCUUAAAGUUUGCUUUCGUCUCACACUUCUCAUAGCUGUUGUAACUUAUGUCUUUUAGAAAGACAACAUGAUUUUGCUCAUACGCUUUUUAUGUAUUUUUUACAAGUGAUUGUAAAUAGUUGUUAUAUUUUUGUUUAAGAGAAUGUUUAAAAAGGAAAAAAUACCUUUUAUUUCUCCAAGUCUACUGAUAUGAAUUUGGAAAAUGAAUAAAAUGUUGAAAUUA